UAGGAAAGAAAACCAGGGAGACAAAGAGAAAACAGUAUCUGCAAAGCAAAACUACUCACUGCACAUAUUGGGGUUUUCGGCAUCGUACAAAAACCCAGUGAGCAAGAAAACGUACACUUAAAAACAGGGUCAGCUCUGCCACAAACGAAUCAUCAAUCUAAGAGAAGGAGAAGACCCGAACCCUACCUUCCCAGAAAUCAAUCCACUGUUCUUUCCCCCCAAUACUCAGCUGAAAGAUAGAUUCUUUACUUGCUUGAUUUGAUUCCUUGUUCCGUGCUCUACGGGUGCUUUUAGUUGUUGGAUCUGAUCAUCUUCGAGUUCAAGGUUCAUGUUUUAGGGUUUUCUUUUUCUUCAUGCAAACAACAAGAGGAACCCAUGUCUUGAUUGUCUGAUUCAUGAGAUAAAAGAUCAGGUUUUUGUACCUUUUCUGGGAUUCUUCGUUGGAGAUCUGUCUUUCAAUCUUCUAUACUACAAAAGGGAAAAACAUGGCGGCUAAUCGGUGGUGGACUGGGAAUGUGGCAAUGGGAGGCGUCGGGUCCAUGUCUCCCACCCCAUCACUUCACCUUAGAAACCCAUCGGAAGAUCACCAAAUGGAAGCUCUUAGAGCUAAUAUUAGCCCUUCGAAUGAAGAUCAUCAAGAGGAUAAUGAAAAUAGCCGACGCAAUAUCGAAUCCGAAACUGUUGAGCCUGGUUCGGGUUCGGGCUCUCGCCGCCCUCGGGGUAGGCCGCCUGGUUCAAAGAACAAACCGAAGCUUCCGGUAGUUAUCACUAAAGAAAGCCCUAACUCUCUUCGUAGCCAUGUGCUGGAGAUCGCCAGCAGCAACGAUGUUGCCGAGUGCAUCGGCAAUUUUGCUCAACGUCGCCGCUGCGGCGUCUCGGUUUUGAGUGGGAGUGGUGUUGUCACCAAUGUUACACUCCACCAACCGGCUGCCCCUAGUGGGGUGAUCACUUUACAUGGAAGAUUCGAGAUUUUGUCUUUAUCGGGUGUGUUUUUGCCCACACCAUCUCCACCGGGAGCGACGGGGCUGACUGUGUAUUUAGCCGGAGGACAAGGUCAGGUUGUUGGAGGGAAUGUGGUCGGGGCAUUGGAAGCAUCAGGACCAGUUAUGGUUAUCGCGGCGACGUUUACUAAUGCCGUUUACGAAAGGUUGCCUACAGAGGAUGAAAAUAACGGUGGCGGAGGAAAAGGCGGUGAAAGCGGCAAUAACAAUAACAAUAACAAUAGUAGUAAUGACGGUGGCGACGGGAAUUCGGGGUCUCAAUCUCAAGCUAUGAGCCAACAUCAUCCCCAAGGUGGUUCCAUUCCUAUGUAUAACGUGCCUCCUAAUUUGGUGCCUAAUGGACAAAUGCCUCAUGAUCUAUUUUGGGGAACUCCUCCUCGUCCGCCGCCAUUUUGUUAACCGGAAACAGACGCUGAUCGAAUACGCCGACCGGGUUUUGGUAUGAAACAAGUUGUGGGUUUUAUUUUUGUUCAUGUAAGAGUAGUAACAAAGGUAGGGCUUUUUGUUUUACUAUGUUCAUAGUUUUUUAUCUUUGUGAAUUUAAACAAGUUCUUGGGCUAAGUUUAUGCUUUAGGUCACUUCUUUUGUACAACUUUGUAGAACCAUCUCUUAAUCAAACUUUGUUUUGGGUGA